UCCAGCCGUGCCAGGCACAUCCUUCCUGUGCUCCCAGGGUUUUCCUCGUGGGUAACCUGUGCUGGCUCACCCAGACAAGCCUGGGGUCGCCGCCUGAGAUCUGCUCCAGCCUGAGUGUGGGGAAGUGUCUGGGACUCCUUUUCCACUCAGGCCAUCAGUUUUUCCAGACAGCUGAAAGUUAAUGGGCACCAGGAUUGGAGUGAGUAAUCCUUGUGAAACCAGCUCUGGAGGAAGUUGCCCAGGAAAACAAAUCCUGCAGCGCUGACGUGGAGCCCAACACGAGGUGCUCUGUAUAAAAACCAGGAAUCACUCCAAGGCAAACGGCACUUUUCAGCUCUGCUGAGACAUCACAGGCUGCAGGGAUGCAGAAAACUAUCCCUGCCUGCUUCUUCCAGCAACUGUAUUCUUCCCUAACUGGCAUUUCAAUGGAGAGAGACCACAUGAAAGACCUCAGAAGAUACCUGGCACUGAAAUACAUCCAGUACCUGGUGCUGUCCUCCUCCAACGCUGCCAGCACCCUCCUGGGGCUGCUGGGCAGCGCCUACACCAUGAUCCUCCUGCAGUCUGCCAAGGUCUCCUCCAAGUCCACUGCAGUCUUCAUCUCCAGCCUGGCCCAGGCAGACCUCCUGGUUCUGCUCAGCCUGGUUUCUGAGCUGUUUUUGGGCGGUUUUGGCGCAGCCCCGUUCCUGGCGCGGAUGCUCCUCAUGGCCAACGCCCACGUGAGCUGUGUCCUGCUCAGCUGUGUGGCCUGUGAGGCUUAUCUGAUCACCUUCCUGCCCGCACAGUCCCGGCCCCACAGGACAGUCAGGAAGGCCAGGCUGCUCUGCAGGGGGAUCUGGGCGCUGGUGGCCGCAGAGUGUGCCCUGUUCCUGCUGGAUGAGCACCUGGGGGCCAGCAGUGCCUCUGCCCCCUCCUGUGCCACUUUGGGGCUCCUGUUCCAGCUCUCCAGCACGGCCACGGCCCUGCUGCAGUCCCUCAGCUACAGCCUGGGGAUUCUGCUGAGGAUUGUCAACGUGUACAUCUACUACAAGAUAUUUUUCAGCAUGUCUCCCAGGUCCAGACUCAAAUCCAAGUAGGAUGUGUUCCCUCUGGGAGUGCUGGGACAGCACAAAGCCCUGCAAUGCAAUUCCAAACCACUGUUCAAUAACCAGGACUAAGGCUGGUGCUGUCCAGCAUUACUGAGGACAGUUUGGGGCUGAGGAGACCCUUGGCACUGAGACAGCACAGCUGGUGUGUGUUUAUUCAGACUUUAUUCACUGUAGAGGUGAAACAAAAGACAUUUCAUGGUUGUAAAACAACCCGACUAUUUUUUAUAUCAAAAGGUGCUUAAAGGCUUCCUCAGGGAUCUGUUGAGCCAAGAGUUGUGUAGUUGUUUACUGGAGACAGGAUCUGUGUCCUAAAAUAUUCCUAACUCAGGUGACCCCAGGCUCUGCAGGUGGGAUGGAGAGACAAGGUGAGCACUGAGAUGUCCCAGGUGGGUUCAGGGCAUCAGCCCCACCUGGGGAGCUCCUGGGACAGAGCUGGGCUGAGAUGUCACACCUUGGAACCUUCCCAGAGCUGGAAACAGCUUCUCUCACAUCCUUCUUCAGAAAUAAGGGGGUGUGAGGCUGGAGUGCAGCUCUUUGCUUCAGCCCUGGCAGUGGUGUGGAGGAUCAUGAGCACCAACAUCCUUCUGACCACACUGGGGCUUGUCUGGAUGUGUGAGAGCUGCUCCCCAGCUGGUGAUUGCUGGGAUUUCCUCAGCACUCUGGGAUUUUAUCAGCAAAGCACAAAGUGCUUCAAAUACCUCUGACACUGCCCAAGGUGCACAUGGGCACUUCCAAACCCUCCUGACUUCACACAGGAGCUCCAGGUGCAGACUGUGGUGAGGAGACACUGAGCUUCUGCCAGACAUUCUGCCACCCCCAGAUAAUUUUGCCAUCCCCAGAUCUUUCUGCCAUCCCCAGAUCAUUCUGCCAUCCCAGAUCAUUCUGCCAUCCCAGAUCAUUCUGCCAUCCCCAAAUCCUUGUUCCAUUCCCAGAUUUUUCUACCAUCCCAGAUCAUUCUGCCAUCCCCAGAUCAUUCUUCCAUCCCCAAAUCCUUGUGCCAUUCCCAGAUUUUUCUGCCAUUCCCACAUCUUUCUGCCAUUCCCAAAUCCUUGUGCCAUUCCCAGAUCUUUCUGCCUUCCCCAGCUCGUGGCUGCAGCACCAGCAGCUGAGUGCUGACUUUGCUUCUCAAGAGACUCAAAAGGAAGCUCUGCCAAGGGCUGGGGAUCAGUAAAAGCAGAGCAGCAAUGUAAUCAAGUCAAUUAAAGCCUUGGAUGAACGUUCCAAAUCAAAGCUGAUCCUGUCAGCAGGAAGGAUGUCCUAAUAACUUGAUGCACUGUGAUAACCUGUUCUUGCUCCUGAAGCCUGAAGUGAGACGCUC